AUGUCAAGGCCAACAAUAGAAGAAGCAGACUUACGUCAAUGUAUGCUAUUUUGGUUCGAUCUAGGAAUAGACUUUUACGAAACAGUGAACCAAAYUAACAAUACUUACGGGGAUGUUUUGACAAUAUGGGAGUGUUAUGCAUGGUUUCGCAAGUUUCGAAAURKAAAUAGGARWCUUGAAGAUGCCCCAAAAAUAAAAGUACAUGAUAAGUUGGAGUUAUUAAAGAAGUUAAUAGAUUUAAAUCCUCGUCAAACAACUGCAGAAUUAUCAUUUAAGAUUGACUAUUCAGUGAGGAAAAUUCAAUAUCGUCUUCAACACAUGGGACGAGUGUGGAGGAAAGAAAUGUGGGUUCCUAAAGAAUUGUUGGCGACAGUGCUAGUUCAGCGGCGUACCAUCUGCGCGUCUCUUUUGUCUCGGCAUGAWGYYGAUCCGUUUUUGCAACGAUUAGUUAUUGCAGAUGAGAAGUGGAUAGUAUGCAAAGAUUCUGUACAAGAAAAUCAAUUGCAUUCUUCGGAAGAAGCAUCUGUUUCGACACCUGAACCAUCAYUAACAAUACAGAAUAUACUUGUUUGUCUUUGGUGGGAUAUUUGUGGAAUCAUUCACUAUGAAUUGCUCAAACCUASUCAGAUCGUUACAAGUAAAAUGUAUUGCGAUCAACUCGAACGAAUGAAACAUGAGUUAAUAAAAAAAGGAUCUAUUUUGGUCAAUGGAAAAAACAGGAUCCUUCAUCAAGAUAACGCGGGGCGAAACACUGCAGAUGUAGUACUGAAAAAAAUAAAGGAGUUUGGAUGGGUCCAUUUACCUCAUCCAAUCUAUUCAGCAGAUCUCUUGCCGUCGAAAGGCAUUUUCAAAUUGUUAGAACGURUAUUAAGAGAUCARWWYUUUAACAAUGUKGGAGAAGUGAAAACCUGCYUGGAAAAGGUUUUURAUGAAGUAUCCGUUUUUAAAAAUAAUAUCGAACUACUGCCUUCUUUAUGGCGUAAAGUGUUARAAGAGGAUGGAAAUUAUUUUUAA